AGGGGUUCUCUCUCUUCUCUUCCAGAUCUCUUUCCGAGCUAGCCAGAGGACAGCGCUUGGCAUCGGCCGGUCAUGUCCACAGACGUGUGGGUGGGAUCCUGGCGGCCUCACCGGCCCAGAGGGCCCAUCGCUGCCCUUUACAGCAGCCCGGGGCCCAAAUAUGGCCUCCCUACCAAUGUGGGCUAUCAGAACCACGAUCCCUCGCGCUUCCGAGCGCCGGCGUACAGCCUGGGCACCCGGCGGUUCCUGGAGCAAGAGAGCUGUUCGCCUGGGCCCGGCUACCUCAUCCCUACCAACAUGACCAUGAGGGGCAAGGACGGAAAUCCCGCUUUCUCCAUCUACGGGCGCCCCCGGGACGUGAUGCCUUUUAUGACGCCGGGCCCAGGCCGCUAUUCCCCAGAGAAAGCUGGCAGGUUGGCCUUCCCUUCUGCCCCCAACUAUUCUCUCGCUUCACGGACAAAGGACUUUCUGAAUGACCAGUCGCCAGGGCCCGCCGCCUACGGUCUCCCUCCCAUGAUGGGCCCGAAGGUGAUCGGCAAGCCCUCGGCGCCCACUUACUCCAUUUUUGGGCGCAGCAACGUCGGCAGCUUUUACGAGGACCUCAGCAAGACGCCAGGGCCCUGCAACUACCGCGUGGUGGAUCCCAGCAUCUACAAGACCCGCCCCCCGCAUUUCAGCAUGCUUGCCCGCAACAUGCCCCCUGGGGACAACACCGUGAAACCGGGGCCGGGAGCUUACAGCCCUGAGAAGUACACCCAGCAGCGUGGCUUGACCUUCGGGAUCCGCCACUCGGAUUACGUGGCUCCUCUCAUCGUGGACGUGGUCGAAUAAGUCAGCCCAGUCGGCAGAGACAAGUCUGGACAAGAAAUGUUCGUUUGGAAAGAUUUGGAUCUCUCGGCGCUUUUGUGUGGUUGCCAGGAGUUGGGGGGGUGAGGGUGUGGGUUGGGUGCUUCCGAGGCCCCGGAGGGUUCCUCAAAGCUGGAGGCUGGGCUCAUGAGGGUCCCGGGACUGCCCCUCGGGUGCCCUUCUUGGGGCAGAGAUCUGCAGCACCCCUGGAUGCUCGUUUGCCCACCUUUGUUUUCCGCCAGACCGGCUUCGAGUCAGGAUUCCUUGCCUUGAGCAGGGGGUUCAACUCGAUGGCCUUCCAGUUGGCCCUUCCAGCUCCAUCACUCUAGGACUCCCUGAUGCUUUAGAUCGCUAGUUUUGUGUCACCUCUAAUGGGGAGGAGGGGACACCCGGCCAGCCUGUGACCCAUCAGUAGGAAAAGAGAAUUUAACAGCAGUGGGGUCCUAAUGGUGGUCAAGAGGCACAGAUUCCCUGCGUUUGUCUCCCCAAAGGUUUUGCU